CCUCUUCCCUUCCUCCGCCGGCCGCCGCCACCCGCCGCCAUGGACCCCAAGCUCCUCACCGCGCAGGAGGAAGUAUCCAACAAGAGAAAGAAGGACAAGAAGAGCAAGAAGGACAAGAAGCGGAAGCUGGCGGCCGAGGCCGAGGACGAGGCGGCAGCGGCGGAAGACGCGGCCAAGCGCAGCAAGAAGAGAGAUGAACCGGACCAGGGAGGCGCCGUGGAGAAGAGCGUCGCGGUGACCGGGAAGGGCUUCGACGACCCCAAGUACGCGCCGCUCAAGUCCUUCGCCGCCGCCGCGCUGCCGCCCAAGGUGCUCGACUGCUGCAAGGGCUUCGACAAGCCUUCGCCCAUCCAGGCGCUCGCCUGGCCGUACCUCCUCGACGGCCGUGAUUUCAUCGGAAUCGCGGCCACCGGAUCUGGGAAGACUAUCGCGUUUGGUGUGCCGGCGCUGAUGCACGUCAGGAAGAAGUUGGCGGAAAAAGGUGCGAAGAAGGGGAUGCCACGAUGCCUCAUGCUGGCUCCAACUAGGGAGCUUGCUCAGCAGAUCGCAGAUGUACUUACUGAAGCUGGUGCGCCAUGUGGGAUAAAUUCGGUGUGCCUCUAUGGUGGAACUUCAAAAGGUCCCCAAAUAUCUGCCCUUAAAUCUGGAGUUGAAAUCGUCAUAGGGACACCUGGUCGUAUGAAAGACCUCAUUGAAAUGGGGAUUUGUCGUCUUAAUGAGGUUUCUUUUGUGGUUCUAGAUGAAGCUGAUCGGAUGCUGGAUAUGGGUUUUGAACCUGAAGUCAGGGCGAUUUUAAGCCAAACAUCAUCGGUUCGUCAGAUGGUUAUGUUCAGUGCAACAUGGCCUUUUGCUGUCCACCAGCUAGCCCAAGAGUUUAUGGAUCCAAAUCCAAUAAAGGUUGUUGUUGGAUCAGAAGAUCUUGCAGCUAACCAUGACGUGAUGCAAAUUGUUGAAGUAUUGGAUGAUAGAGCACGCGAUUCAAGAUUAGUUGCUUUGCUUGACAAAUAUCACCGAGCACAGAGCAACAGGGUUUUAAUUUUUGUGUUGUACAAGAAAGAAGCUGGACGAGUAGAAGCAAUGCUUAAUAAAAGGGGGUGGAAAGCCGUUUCUGUUCAUGGAGACAAGGCUCAGCAUGAUAGGACAAAAGCCUUAUCUUUAUUUAAAGAAGGAAAAUGUCCUUUAAUGAUUGCGACGGAUGUGGCUUCACGCGGACUUGAUAUUCCUGAUGUCGAAGUUGUCAUCAAUUAUAGCUUUCCUUUGACGACGGAGGAUUAUGUGCACAGGAUUGGAAGGACAGGUCGUGCAGGCAAGAAAGGUGUUGCACACACAUUCUUUAUGCAAGAGAACAAGGGACUUGCUGGUGAGCUUGUCAAUGUUCUAAGGGAGGCUGAUCAGGUUGUUCCUCCAUCACUUAUGAAAUUUGGCACACAUGUCAAGAAAAAGGAAUCAAAGAUAUAUGGCUCCCACUUCAAGGAAAUCACAGCAGAUGCUCCUAAAUCAACAAAGAUCACGUUUGGUGAUUCUGAUGAGGAGUAACUGACAGACCUUGCUGGUGUAUUUUCUUGAUUGCGCAAUAGCAGUAGGAAAAUUUGGAUGAGUAUCGUUUAGAUUUAUGUUAGUUGAUGAUGCAAUCUUUUAUGUUCUUUCUGGAAGGGGAGAAAAAACAGUUAUCAUGACCAUGAUUUCCGAACUCAACAGACUUCACGGUCAUUUAUUUGCAAUCAUCAAGUCUUACAGUGUAAUAGUGUAUCAGUCCACUUGCAAAACAAUAUGGUAUAUUGAUAUUUAUCAGCAGCACCUACUUGCAAAACAA